CUCAACAUUGUUACGAGGCAACAAGUCCUCAGCUGCAGCACAUAAAGACUCAAGGUUCAACAAAAUCUGUGAUCUACAUAUCUCCCCAAUCCUCCACCCAUGAGAUGUUUUGCACCAUGCAAUUACAAUAUUUGUUCCUACUGGUUUAUAUGUUAGGGACCUUCUGUGGGGGGUCAAGUUCAGAAAGAAAUUCACAAUGCACAAAACCAGACAUGUGCAAUGAGGAGCCAGAUUCAGCUUUUUACUUCCUUCAAUGCGCUGGACUGCCUUCAUCAGACUCUGGGAGGGACCAUUUGCAGCGACUGAAAGGAAUCCUUGAAGCCACCAUGGAUGUGUAUUCAUUUAUGAGAUCCAGCUUAAACGGUGUGCCACUUGUGUCUCUGGAGGGACAACUGCAGUUGAACGGGAGACCAGACCCUUUCCAGAAUGAAGCCCUGGUCCAAAUGUGGCUGGAGAUCAAGAUGAAACCGCUGCUGAAAUCCAUAACCAAACAUUUUCUUUCCUGCCUCAGCACCAAGAAUUUCAGCUGCUCCACUUACCAGACUGUAUUAAGGGAGUUUAGUUACCAUUACUCAGAACUGACUCCAGCUCAGCAAAAGUGGAUCUACACAUUCUUUAUGCAUCCAUUCCUGUCAGGAGACGAAGUUCAAGGUUGUGCGGACCCAGAAGAAAGCAGUGAGGAGUGGCUGCUGAAGAAUUUUGGUGCUUUCAGAGCAAUGGCCAGAAUAAAGGACUUCUCUGCUCUCAACAUGGUCUUCAGCGGAGUGGAAGUGCUUCACCUGCUGUCUCCUGCACAGAAAGCAGAGCUACUCAUGAGGCCUGAAGUGGAAAGCUUUGAAAAUGGCACCCUAUCCCUGAUCUUCCACAGUUUAACAGGGGGCUCUGAACCCACACCAACAGCUCCUCCUGGAGGUUUCCACAACUGGACAACACCUGCAGACUCAGCUACAUUCCCUUUCUAUCCAACACAGCCCGCACAUCAGUCACACCACCGGUCUCCAAUUGAAAACCUUAGAGAGGUUUUCAGUGGUUUCCUGACAGCUUUCAAACCUGUUGGGAGCUUUGUUCAUGAUUUUGUUUCCUUCACAAGCAAGAGAAAUCUGUCAGAAGUAAGAAGUGUAACUGUAACUCAAUUCCUGCUCAACUGGACUUUGGCUGAACUGGCUGACAGGUAUCGGCCAAAAGACAAAGUUACAGAGGAGCUGGAGUUUGAUGUGACAAAUGUGGAGGAUUGGUACCAGCAGGUUGCAAUGCCAUUACUGCAGAGGUUCUUCCCAAACAAUGACAUCCUGGAGCACCCAAACAUCAAACUUGCUUUUCACCAACUUUUUUAUUUGGACCAUGCUGUGGAUGAUGCAUACUCAGAGAACACAGAUUACUCUGAAAUCCCGGAUGUGUGCAGCAUCACCCUUGAUAAGACUCCGUGUGGGCUGACUGAUGCAGUGGAAAAUGUUGCUCAUGUUUUGCACUGUGCUGCUCGCACAAACCUGACAUUGAAUGAAGAAACAAUAAUGAGACUGAUUCUGGAGCUGACAAAACGUCUGAACUCCCUGAUCAAGGAAAUGUCCAACACUAACUUCAAGGAAGUGUCAUCUGAAAUAAAGGAGAUCUUUGGUGAGGGUGAAGCUCCAACUCUGACCCAGGAGCACCUGAAUGACCCCAACUUCAUUCAGCUCUGGUUCAAGAUUAAGCUGCUGCCCCUCCUGCCUGAUGUACACCCAGAUCUCCUGUCCUGUCUGAGCACCAAGAACUUCUCCUGCCCUGUUUACCAAAGCCUAGUGUCAGCACUGGGUGAAUCCAUGAGUUUCAUGGAUGCCGACCCGAUUUACAGUCAGAACAUCUAUAAAUACUUCAUCUAUUCUUUCCUGCAGCAACACAACUUCUCUGAGUGUGCUUCUUCAGCCAAUAACAGUGCAGACUGGCUGGAGAAAAAUGUUGGUUUCUUCUCAAAGUUUGCUUCCAUCACUGAUUUCUAUGAGCUCAACCCUUUUUUCUCUGGAUUGGACGCUCUUCAUCUUCUGACUCCAAACCAGACAGCAGAGAUGCUGCUGCUGCCUCUGCGUACUCCACCAGAGAAAGAUGUUGUCAUAAACUAUGUGCUUAACUAUCUGAUUGAGUCACCUGAAGACAGGAAACUUCUGGAAGUUCUGCAUUUUGUAAUCCAACUUGCUCAGAAGGUCAAUCCUCCCUGCAGUGUCUACACACUUCUUGUGGAUCGACUCUAUGCAGCCAUUCCAUCUCUGCCUUCAGACCUGGAACCACUUGUUUGGGCUUGGAUUAGUGACCUGAUAAACGUCGCACCAAAGAAUUGUACGACAGUAAACUUCAUGUGCCCACAAACCCAUGUUAAUGGCACAAGCAUUUGUAAAGACAUUGACAGCUCUGACCUGGAAUUCUACAUCAGCAUGUCCACCCACGUUCCUUGCAAUUUCACUCUGGAGAAAUAUGCAUGUGCACAGUUGGAGAAUUUUGCAGCUAAUCAGCUGGCUUCCCUCCUGAGAUGUGAUCUGCCCAGAAACAGCAGCCGCUCCAGAGUGUUGUGGAAAUUGCUGCUCACUAAACUCUCCAAUGUCUUGGAUCCAGCACUGGACCUGUUGACUAACAUGGUUUGUUCUUUAGCAAACUCUGAUAUGAUAUUGUGA